GCGGAGUUGGUGCGACUUUUCAUGCGGAUCUCAUUGCCAUCCAGUGGAAGCUCGCCAUGGAAUGGCGAGCUUUCAGACCAAGAGACUAGCAGGCCGCGGGCGAUGCGCUUUGGCAUCCCGGACGUUCUCACCUGGGGAGGUGGUCCUGGAAGAAGAUGCUUGGGCUGUGGUUCUGUUGCCCGAUCAGCAAGGUCUUCGCUGUGACUAUUCACUGACGUGCCUGGAGAAGUUGCUGCGAUGCCCAUCAACUGGCUUGUGCUUUGCCAGCAAGGAGGAUCAGAAAGCCGCAGCUGAUUUGUACUACAAGGCAGAGUUGGAAGUUGCAGCAGCGCGUAGCAAAGUUCCUGGAGCGAAUGUUGCAGGAGCUGCUCCUUGGUGUUGGCCCAGCCACCUGCGACUGGCCUGGCGGGUGCUCCAGCGAGGAGCAAAGAGUCGGGAGCAGCCAUGGCUGAACCUGGAAAGCCACUGGGAUGAGCUCUCCGAAUCCCAGCAGUGCGACAUGGAGACGAGCGCAGCACGCUGCUUGGACGUUUUAGCUGCAAGCUUGGGUAUCUUGGACCUCGAGGAGGCAGCUCCGGAGGCACGGCAGAACUUCCAGGCCGUUGCUGAUUUGGGUGAUGUCGCCAGACUGGUGGCAGCCAUGGAAGUGAAUGCCAUGACGGUCACUGAUGAGGAGUUGAGGGAGAUAGCCCUGGGCUUGUACAUCCAUGCUGCGGUCUUCAAUCACGAUGAGGAACCCAAUUGCAUUCAGAGCUUCGUGGGGCGCCGGGUGGUGAUCCGCACCAUCCGGGAGGUCUUUGAGGGCGAAGAGCUUUGCCUCGCCUAUGCGGAGAUUGGACAGUUGAGCCGCGUGCGUCAUGGCAACCUUUGGAAGCACUUCCAUUUUCGGGCAUUCAAGACGCCGCAGGUCGAGAAGCGCGACGGCAUCUUGAGCUGCGUUCUGGCAGCGCCUGACUGGCAGCCCGUCGAGCACGGUGUUGGUUGGGAUCCUGACCAAGGAGUGCUAGAGGAGGGGGCUGCUCCUGAUGCCUUAGCCUUCCUCAAAGAGGUGCAUCACUGCUGGUCAGAGGCCAAGUGGCAGAAGGCCUGGAAGGAGGCAACCGCAGGCCCCACCUUCCGGCUUGGCGCAGGCCAUGCCCUUCGCUUGGCGCUGGCGCGUGAACUCAUGGACGAGGCGGUGUCACAAGAGCAGUGGUCAGAAGCGCUGGCGUUUGCCCGGGAGGUGUGCUCCUGCCACCAGCUGAUCUACCCCAGUGGCUGGCCAGUGGUUUCGCUGGGUUGGGCACGAUUGGCGAAGCUGGAGCUCUACCAUGGCCAUUUCGAUGCCACGAUGCGGUGUUGCCAGGAGGCGCUCUCAGGUGCUCCAUAUCUUUGGGAAGACCGUCCGGUGGCUGGUGAGGAGGUGAGACAGAUGUUAUCUCAGGCACGCUUGGAAGCUCAAGCAGCUUCUUGGCAAGGCACCCGAAAACGUUAGUUGUAAACUGGCAUAUUAUUGUGUAAGGCAUGCACAAGGACGAAACAACCGAGAAACGCUUCAAACAAGUGGCUUGUUUGCCACCAUGGUGCGCUACUUUGGCAGAGUCCUCCUGCGGUAGGCUGUCGAGUCAAGUGAUUGAUUUGUUAUGAUUUGUUCCGGCUGACUCCUCGGAAAGAGUGCCGACAGCUCAAAGCAUGCUCGUUGCCGUAACAGGUCAAAGGCGUUUCACCUUCAAGCAGCAAAAGUUGCAGCCCACCAGUCGUCCAGCUUGUCCCCACAUAUUUGUGGCUGCCAGCCGGCGAGCCAAAUGCUCCCAAUGUGGUGCAUGUCAAAAGCCCCUCAGAGCAUUGCAAAACCCUGAUGACACAAUCAGUGAA